GCGAUUAUCUAAAACCGGUAUAGGCAAGCUUAACCAGUGAGUUAUACUUCAUUACUCUCUCUUACCGUUCUGAAACAAUAAUCUCUUCUUCAAUCUCUCUUUUUCUCUCUAUCAUCUUUCAUCACCAUCACCAAAUCACAAUCCUUCUGUCAUAUCAUCAUUUUGCUCUUUUUCACAGAUUCCCUCCCGCGAAACGAAUUCUCCAUCUUUAAGAACCUUGAUGCAAUGUCUCCAGAGAAAACUCAAGAAACCACAGAUUGUUUGCCAGAAGGACAAAGCAUAACUGAAGUUACUCAACCUGAUGACCCUGUAACAAUGGCUUCAACGAACGAGCAGGAGGAGAACGAGUCCAUUAGAGAUACUUCUGUGAUUGUACCUGAGAUUCUAACUGCUUCUGAUUGCCAAGAGAGAGUACAGUCGCCGGAAGCUCAGAUUUCCGACAUAAUGAUGCCACAGGCUUCAGAGGAAGAUGUCCCCUCAAUGUUUCCAGAAGCUGCCUCCAUAGAGUUACCUUUGAAUGUAACGAUGGCUUCAACGAACGAGCAGGAGGAGAACGAGUCCAUUAGAGAUACUUCUGUGACCGUACCUGAGGUCUUGACUGCUUCUGGUUGCCAAGAGAGAGUACAGUCUCCGGAAGCUCGUGUUUCCGACAUACUGAUGCCACAGGCUACUUAUGAAGGUGUCUCCACAGAGUUACCUUUGAACAGAGAAGAAAACAGUAGAACAAGUCAUGAUGCUGUUACCAUUUUGGACCAAGAGAUGCCUCGACAGUUGGCGUAUUUCUCCGUCGACCCUUCCUCUACAUUAGAAAUUGAAGAUUCUGAAGCUGCUACAUCAGAUCAGGGUAUUAUUGCCCAGGUUACAUGUUCUCACCCAUCUUCACCAGCUUCUUUAGUUUCUGUAGUUGACCAUUCAGAGGAUGUUCAAGAAGAUGUUGUUCAUCCUCCAAACAAUCCUACGGGACAGAAUCCUCUGAAGCAUUUGUUCAUCGAUCCAUUUGACUACGAAAUUGAGAAGCUGCGUAUAGAAGAAGAGAACGUGAACAAGAACUUUGAAGAAAAGACAUCAGAACUGAUGUCAGAACUCGAGAGGAAGAUGGCUGAAAUACAGAGCGAGUAUGAUAAGGCAUCACAAGAGUUAGACGCUAAGUAUAACGCUGAAGCAAUGGAGAAUGAAGCAUAUAAGAGUAUAGUUGAAAUGAGCAGUCUCUUGGCUAAUGCUUUCGUGUCUAAAUGUGCAGAAGUGAGUCCACCCAAAUGCUCUGAUCGUGAAGCUUUAAGAGAAAUAAUCUCUGAAUAUCAUAGUUUGCAGCAGGAAGAAGCGCAAAGAAUCUCACGUCUGAACUCAACCGCUCCUCCUCGACCUUCAGCCACAGCAGCGGAAGCUCGAGUCCCAAAUCCAUCAGCUCCUCUUUCGAAUCCCCCGCGCUGCACCACGGCUCAACCAAGGCCAGUAUCUCAGCAAGUAGCAGUUCAAGCAACCACACAUUUGAGUUCUACGGCUCCUCCUCGAGCUUCAGUCUCAGCAUCGGAAGCUCGAGUCCCGAAUCCAUCAGCUCCUCUUUCGAAUCUCCCUGGCUGCACCACGGCUCAACCAAGGCCAGUAUCUCAGCAAGGAGCAGUUCAAGCAACCACACAUUUGAGUUCUACAGCUCCUCCUCGAGCUUCAACCACGGCAUCAGAAGCUCGAGUACCGAAUCCAUCAGCUCCUCUUUCGAAUUCCCCUCGCUGCACCACGGCUCAACCGAGGCCAGUAUCUCAGCAAGUAGAAGUGCAAGCAACCACACAUUUGACUUCAACCGCUCCUCCUCGAGCUUCAGCCACAGCAGCGGAAGCUCGAGUCCCGAAUCCAUCAGCUCCUCUUUUGAAUCUCCCGCGCUGCGCCACGGCUCAACCGAGGCCAGUAUCUCAGCAAUUAGCAGUUCAAGCAACCACACAUUUGAGUUCUACAGCUCCUUCUCGACCGUCAGUCACACCAGAAGCUCUUUCUUUGCACUCAUCGCGGCGUGUUCAGCCGAGACCGCCGCCUCCUGUGAUCUCCAACCUAACUCCUUCUACGGCAGCUUCUUCACCGCUUUUGCACGGUACAGUGCGUGCCCCGGCGCCUCACAUGAAGCCGUUUCGAGCAUCUCGAGAUCCCAUCUCUGCUGAUGCAUCAACGAAGAAACCAAAGUUGGUUGAAGAACAGCAACAGCAACAAGGGAACUCUGACGGUGGCUUGGUCUAUCUUUCAGAUGACGAGUGAUAUGUCAUUUGGAGUAUUUAACUGAUAUAUAUAUAUAUAUAGCUUUUAUACAGUCUCUUAAGGGUAUAUAUAUAUUAUUGAAGCCCUUAAAACUUUUGAGAAUGACUUUUGUCUAGUACUCUUUAGAAAAAGGGACUGGUACUUUUGGAAAUGUGUACUGGAACAUAGAUUGCUCUAUGACUUCAAGACCAAGGGAAUGAGGAGGAAUAAUGAAUUCUUCUUUAUUUUUUAAAAUUUUUACCAUUUACUAGUAAUAAUAUUUCUUCAUCAUU